AUGUCCAGCUCCCCUACGGCCAACCCAGCAGUUCAUCAUCAUCGUCAGCCCCCCCUGCCGUCCUUCUUUGCUGCUCCGUCUUGUCUUGUCUUGUCCGCCCAGCCCUACACCUCUUCCCACUACCUCACGCUCUUUUUACUUUUGUUCCGCCCAACACCACCUUGCAUACCCACCCACGCUCUUUACUUACUCCAUCCUUCCUUUUUCUGCUUUGUUUAA